AUGGGCAAUCUGGUGGCGCUACCUCCGGCACCGAGUGACGGCACGCUCGUCACCAUCUUUGUCGCGCCGAUUGACAAGGCGCAGAUCGAUGCCACCGGUCUUAUUGGCCGAUCGCCAGCGACCACUGUCCUUGUCGCGACCAACCAGAUCGCAGACAUCUUGGGGCACGCGCUCUUGCCGCCGUAUUUCAUGAGUGCGGCGGGCACCCCGGACUGCUCGCCGUGUCCGGCCAACUCGUACCUCUCGGCGCACUGCUCCGACACGCAGAGUCGCGCGUGUCUGCCGUGUACGGUCUGCGCGACCGAUCACUUUGCCAAGACGACGUGCUCGCCGACCCACGACACUGUCUGCCAGCGGUGUACGCAGUGCCAGCGCGAAACGUUUGCGUCGACCAAGUGCUCUCCGAAAAGAGACCGCGUUUGCAGCGCCUGCACCCUGUGCACCACAGACGAGUACGAGGCGGCGCCGUGCACGACGGAAGCCAACCGCGUCUGUCAUACGUGCAACUCGUGCUCGCUGACGCCGGCCCAAAAAGCCUUGUGCUCCCAAAGCGUGUCGUGGGAGCGCCUGCAGCAGUCGCCAUUUGGGUGUCCGACACCGAACCAGCAGUGGAAGACGAGGGAGGAGCAGCUUCAGUCGUACAAGUCGAACGCGUGUGGCGCGGGGCGCUGCUCGUGCACGGGCCAUGGCAUUGGCAACAACAACCCCUUGGGACUGGCCUUCCCAGACGACCCUCGCUGCACGGGCCCCGAGACGUACGGAAUUCGUCUCUAACGUGACAUGUGGUUGUGAUGCGAAUCCAACACAAACUCUUCGAGUGCCUGUGCAAGGAGGGUGAGUCGCACCAAGGGUACAUAAACUGAAUACCUUGAUUGCAC